AUGCCGAAGGAACAGGUUAAAGCAGAGACCAUGAAGCAUGAAGUGCCAGAAAAGUCACCGAAUCAAAAGAAUGAUAUGUUGAAGAUACGACAGAAACUUGGAUCGUACAAAGAAAUUAUCGAAAAGACUAAUGCUUAUAAAGAAUGUAUUGAUAAAAUACCGUCUGUGAAAACAUUAAGGUGUUUAGCAUUGGGAUCUCCUUCAGAUAGCAACAUUGCCAUGUAUCAAUUGGCUUUCCUAGUACUAUUGCAAGAAAAAUUCAAAUUUGAGGUCAGUGCUUAUGAUCCUAUAUUCAAUGAUAAUGAUAAUGAAUUAUUUAGCUACCUAAAAAUCACUGUAGAAGAAGACUUUGAAGCUGAGAUGGAAACUACAUUAUACUAUUUACCCCAUGCACCUCUAGAUUUAACAGAAACUAUCAUUAAGACCGAAAUCAAAUACAUGUUAGGUAACAAUAUAGCCAAACAUACUGAGAGAUUAACCAAAAGUAAGUUACACCAACAAUACCCUACAUUGUCACAUCUUGUCAACUUAACUACUCAGGAAACUAAAGAUGAAUUUAUCACUGUCUCAAGAAGAAAAAAAUAUGUUCCACCCAAAAUUGAAUAUGAUUAUUCCACCACAUACUUUAAAUCGCUUCAGUUAACUGAAUUUGACAAUGAUGGGCCGUUGAAUUGUUUUUCCGACAUGACGUUACACGUAAUAGAAUAA